AUGUUUGCUCCAGAUUCUAGUGAAAAUUUAAUAUUGGGAUUAUGCAAUCAAAAUCCUGGUGGACCUCCCCCUCAGGGAUCAGGCAUAGAUCAGCCAGGAUCAGGUUUACAGCCUGGAGUUCAGCCUCUUCCUAGUAAUGUGAUCAAUAAACAACCAGGCACAAUGGAAGCUCAAUAUAUGCAACAACAAAGUCAAAUAUUUGUGUUCACAACUACUUUGGCCAAUAAAUCUGCUGAAUCAGUUUUACAAGGGCAAUAUUCAUCAAUUAUUGCAUAUCAUUGUGCUCAGCCAGGCACUAAAAAAUACCUGGAGAAACAUCCCUUAAAAUUAAAUCAAUUUCAUCGUCAAAGUUCUGCACAAUGGUUAAAUAAUUUAGCUCAGAUUAAACAAAAAUCUGUCUUUGGCGGAAAUCCCCCCAUGAAAGCAAUGGGACAAAUGCCCAUGGGCCCGAGAGGUCCCAUUCCGGGAGGAAUGCCUGGUCCGUGUGACAUACCACCAGGCCCUGGCUCAGACCGCGCCAAGUAG